AUGCUCAGGCAUCCAAACCUUAUACAUGUCAGGUCAAUGGCUGUAAAUGUACCGUCAUUUAAGGGGAAAGCUACAGCUACCCUAAUAGAGCUUGGUCAGAAAUGGAAAGAUAAGACUACAAAGGGUGUAAUGCUACCAACAGAACCCGAUAUGAAGGCCCGGAAGAAGCGGAAACUUGAUAGAGAUCAAGAAUCCAUGUAUGUUCUUUCGAUGUUUCCAUAUCCAUCUGGUAUGUUACAUAUGGGUCAUCUUCGAGUAUAUACUAUUAGUGAUGCUUUGAAUAGAUUUUUCAAACAGAGAGGUUACAGUGUGAUACAUCCCAUGGGGUGGGAUGCCUUUGGAUUGCCAGCUGAGAAUGCUGCAAUUGAAAGACAUAUUCAUCCUUCAAUUUGGACAAAGGAAAAUAUCGUUAAGAUGAGAGAACAAAUGAAUAAUAUGUUGGCUAAUUUUGAUUGGGAUAGAGAGGUGACAACUUGUAAUCCCGAUUAUUAUAAAUUUAAUCAAUGGAUUUUCUUGAAAUUAUAUGAAAAUGGCUUGGCCUAUAGGAAAGAAGCUGAAAUCAAUUGGGAUCCAGUAGAUAAAACCGUAUUGGCUAAUGAACAAGUAGAUGCUAAUGGGCGUUCCUGGAGGUCAGGAGCAAAAGUAGAGAAAAGAUUACUUAAACAAUGGUUUUUAGGAAUAACUAAGUUUGCGGAUAAUUUAAAUUCUGAUUUAAGACGAUUGAAAAAAUGGCCUGAGAAAGUUAAGACAAUGCAAAAAAAUUGGAUUGGGAAAUCUAAAGGAGUUCAAUUAUUAUUUGGCACAGAUAACUCAAAUUUUGAUGAAAUAUCUGCAUUUACAACAAGAGUUGAAACUUUACCUGUAGCUCAAUUUUUGGCUUUGUCUAAAGACCAUCCGAUAGCAACCCAUUAUGCAAAGAUAGAUCCAAAAUUAAGGAAAUUUAUCGAGAAUAUUUCGAACUUACCGCCAGAUUCUAAAGAUGGGUACUUGAUCUCUGAAAUUAAGGCAAUUAAUCCACUUACACAAGAUACUAUUCCAAUAUUUGUCACACCAUAUGUUAUAAGUGAUUAUGGUAACGAUUCCAAAAGAAUAAUAAAGGGCGCCGCUGUCAUGGGAUGUCCAGCACAUGAUACAAGAGAUUUUGAAUUUUGGAAGCAAAAUAUGCCUAAUGAAAUGAUAAAAUCAUGUCUUGAACCAGAAUUUAUGAGUGAAGGGAAUAAUGGAAUACAGUUACCUUUCACAGACACAUACGCUGUCAGAAUGACUGAAGACAUGGGCAAAUAUUCUGGUCUAAACAUUUUGGAUGCCAGAAAUGAAAUCCGGAAAGAAUUACAAGAGAAGAAAGUAGGUUCAUUAACGACAAAGUAUAGAUUAAGAGAUUGGCUAAUUAGUAGACAACGAUAUUGGGGUACACCGAUCCCAAUGAUUCACUGUGAUGAUUGUGGGACUGUCCCUGUUCCAGAAAAGGACUUACCUGUCGUUUUGCCUGAUAUCAAGCACUUAAGCUCAAAAGGUGGUAGUCCCUUAUCGCAAGUUCCAGAAUUCGUAAAUGUUAAGUGUCCUUCUUGUGGAAACGAUGCGAAAAGAGAGACAGAUACAAUGGAUACAUUUAUGGAUAGCUCUUGGUAUUUCUUUAGAUAUCUUGAUCCAAAAAAUAAAGAUCUUCCCUUUGGUCCAAGCUUAGUUUCCAAAAAUAUGCCUGUUGACAUAUAUGUGGGUGGUGUUGAGCAUGCUAUAUUGCAUCUUUUGUACUCAAGGUUCAUCUCAAAGUUCCUAGGUUCAAUCGGAAUGUGGAGUGAUGAGAAACAUUCAUACGAACCAUUCAAACAUCUACUUACUCAAGGUAUGGUUAAAGGUGAAACAUUGACUGACCCAGAUACUGGCAGGUAUUUGAAAAAGGAGGAAUUACAUGUUGAUCCUGAGACAGGGGAAACAAUUAUAACAGCCACCGGUAAAGAUCCCGUGGUUACAUAUGAAAAAAUGUCCAAAUCAAAAUAUAAUGGUGCUGAUCCAAAUGAAUGUAUCUCAACACAUGGCCCCGAUGCAACCAGAGCCCAUAUUAUGUUUCAAAGUCCUGUAGAAGAUGCCUUGGUCUGGGAUGAAUCAAAAAUUAUAGGCAUUGAAAGGUGGCUAAUUAGAGUUCUACGCUAUACUAUAAUAUUGGCACAAAAGCAGAAAUUUGAUCCUAAUUUUGUUACACCCGAGGAUAUGACAGAUCCUGAAAUUGAAUUCCACAAUAAGGCUCAGAAAUUAAUUAAGUCAAUCACAGAAGAAUACGAUAUUAAUCUAUCAUUAAACACCGUCAUAUCUGACUAUAUGAAAUUUACAAAUAUUCUAGAGGUUGCUGCCGAUAAAGGAAACGUCAGAAAUGAAAUUUUGAUGCAAAAUUUACAAAAGUUAAUAAUUAUGCUUUAUCCUGUGACACCAUCCAUCUCUGAAGAAACUGCAGAUAUUAUAAAGAAAAAUCAAGAAGGUUGGGAAGGCUGGAAUCAUUAUCGAUGGCCAAGAAUUGAACGAAUUGUCGAAACAAAGUUCCAGAGAUUCCAAAUCGUUGUUAAUGGUAGAGUCAAAUUUUAUUUUACGACUGAAAAGAAUUUCUUCAAGAAGGGACGUGACUAUGUCAUCGAAACAUUAAUGAAUUCACCAGAUGGCCGUAAGUAUUUAAGUGAUAAAACCAUUAAGAAAUUUGUUAUGAAAUAUAAUAUCGUCAGUUUCCAAUUCCAUAAAAAUAAAAAUAUAUUAGAAACAGUUAGGAAACAAUUCGAAGAUGAUUAG